GGGAAAUUCGGAUGCUGCGAAGAACAUAAAAAGUGCACUGUGAAUCUUUGCUCAGAGCUUUCUGAUUUAUUGCCCUCUCACAAUCAUUUCAUUCGGACAAGCUUGAGCAAAGGGUCAAGUUUUCAAUCCAGUUGGCCUAAGUCUGAACCAUAGAGUUUUCCACGCUUCUGUCCCAUCAUAGAGACAAAUUUCAGAAGAACAUCCAGAUAACACAAAGUCGUUUUCUACUUCAAAUAAAAAGGUUUCCCGACUCGAUUACUACCUCGCUAUGUCUGUGGCACCCCCUUCAGAAGGCCUCGGUAGCAAUUUCAACUACUUUCUUGCGGAUGGUGGCAAUGCUAUCACUGGCCUCAGCGUUGAGAUCACUUUCGCCGAGCCACUUCUGUCUGCCUCCAACGGCUUUGGCUUUCAACUCAACUGUUAUGCACAGGAGCUUUCCGGAGCCCCAAGUACCACUCCCAACUGGCAACAAUACGUAGUCUUCACGGAGCCCGGUGACAAGACUCUUUAUGGUAUCAUUGACAACUGGAAGGGAACUGUCCCCGCCGGCACGGAUGCCCAAGUAAUCAACGACGAGGCGACGAUUACAACCCUGGCCACGGCUAAUGAAAUACCCGCCGGUGCUACUGUUCUUAUUGCUCCUAUCUUCAGCUCUACCAAUGUCAUCACUGGUAUUACUUAUACGUAUACUCCUCCAAGUGGCAAGGCUGUUUCUACAUCCGUAACUUUGACCAACCUUGAUGUCUACGGCACCAGUAAGAAGAUCACUUCCGCAUAUGAGUCUCCGAUCUCCGCAUUAACGCUCAACAUCGUGGGCGACUACGAUGGAAACAACGGCGUCUUUACCUCGGGCUCUGGUACCAUCGUCUACAAAGCCAAUCAACCUCUGACUGUGCUGACCAACGAGCCGAGUUACACCGCGUUCCAGGAUGGUACUGGCGAGACGGCCAACACUGUCUAUGGCAAAUUACCUGUGUCAGACAGUACCACGAUCACUCAAACUUGGGGUAUUUCGGCAGUAGGAGUGCCAAACUUCGGGCCAGCCGUGGGCCACAAAUUGCCGAUUCCACCCAGUAGCAAGCAGAAAAGAGGACACAGCCUACCGAUUCCCCGCCAUAUUGUGCGCAUGAAUGAAGCAGAGUACGAGCAAGUCAACAAGGUUUAGAAGGAUAAUAGAUACUGUUGAAGGGUUAGAGUAAUGUCUGGGAGGAUCAUUAUGGUUGUUUGAUGGUUGCCAUGUUAAUGCAAAGUGAAAGACAUGUACGCGCAGUUAUGAUAACUUUCUUGGAUGAGGU